ACUUACAGGCUCCCGGGGCGGUGGCGGCGGGCGCUGAGCCGGCGGUGCGCGGAGCGGGCGACCGAGACGGGCGGCGCGAGCCCGCAGCCUCCCGCGCGGCGCGCCGUGACACCAUGGAGCCCGCCGUGUCGCUGGCCGUGUGCGCGCUGCUCUUUCUGCUGUGGGUGCGGGUGAAGGGGUUGGAGUUCGUGCUCAUCCACCAGCGCUGGGUGUUCGUGUGCCUCUUCCUGCUGCCGCUCUCGCUCAUCUUCGACAUCUAUUACUACGUGCGCGCCUGGGUGGUGUUCAAGCUGAGCAGCGCGCCGCGCCUGCACGAGCAGCGCGUGCGGGACAUCCAGAAGCAGGUACGGGAAUGGAAGGAACAAGGCAGCAAGACCUUCAUGUGCACAGGCCGCCCAGGCUGGCUCACCGUCUCGCUGAGGGUUGGAAAGUACAAGAAGACUCACAAGAACAUCAUGAUCAACCUGAUGGACAUUCUGGAGGUGGACACCAAGAAACAGAUUGUACGAGUGGAGCCAUUGGUGUCUAUGGGUCAGGUGACGGCCCUGCUGAACUCCAUUGGCUGGACCCUGCCUGUGCUGCCUGAGCUGGAUGACCUCACAGUGGGGGGCCUGAUCAUGGGCACGGGCAUCGAGUCAUCGUCACACAAGUAUGGCCUGUUCCAACACAUCUGCACGGCAUACGAGCUGAUCCUGGCAGACGGAAGCUUUGUGCGCUGCACGCCGUCUGAAAACUCGGACCUGUUCUAUGCCGUGCCCUGGUCCUGUGGGACGCUGGGCUUCCUGGUGGCUGCCGAGAUCCGUAUCAUCCCUGCCAAGAAGUAUGUCAAGCUUCGGUUCAAGCCAGUGCGGGGCCUGGAGGCCAUCUGUGAAAAAUUCACCCAGGAGUCCCAGCGGCUAGAGAACCACUUCGUGGAAGGGUUGCUGUACUCCCUAGAUGAGGCUGUCAUCAUGACAGGGGUCAUGACGGAUGACGUAGAACCCAGCAAGCUGAACAGCAUUGGCAACUACUACAAGCCGUGGUUCUUCAAGCACGUGGAGAACUACCUGAAGACAGACCGUGAGGGCCUGGAGUACAUUCCCCUGAGGCACUACUACCACCGCCACACGCGCAGCAUCUUCUGGGAGCUCCAGGACAUCAUCCCUUUUGGCAACAACCCCAUCUUCCGCUACCUCUUUGGCUGGAUGGUGCCUCCCAAGAUCUCCCUGCUGAAGCUGACCCAGGGCGAGACCCUCCGCAAGCUGUACGAACAGCACCACGUGGUGCAGGACAUGCUGGUGCCCAUGAAGUGCCUGUCUCAGGCCCUGCAUACCUUCCAAAACGACAUCCACGUCUACCCCAUCUGGCUGUGCCCGUUCAUCCUGCCCAGCCAGCCUGGACUGGUGCAUCCCAAGGGGGAUGAGACUGAGCUCUAUGUGGACAUUGGGGCGUACGGAGAGCCGCGUGUGAAGCACUUCGAGGCCAGGUCCUGCAUGAGGCAGCUGGAGAAGUUUGUGCGGAGCGUGCAUGGGUUCCAGAUGUUAUACGCUGACUGCUAUAUGAACCGCGAGGAAUUCUGGGAGAUGUUCGACGGCUCCUUGUACCACAAGCUGCGGAAGCAGCUUGGCUGCCAGGACGCUUUCCCUGAGGUGUAUGACAAGAUCUGCAAGGCUGCCAGGCACUGAGCGGGGAACCUGGGGGGCCAGAUGCAUGGAAAUGGGCGUGUUCUCCCUCGCUCCAGCUUCUCUGCUUUCCCAGAUUUCAGAAACAAACCCCUCCAGGAAUCCCCGAGGCAGCCCGAUGGCCUCCAGGGCAGCUCAGGCAAGUGGAAGCACGUGGGAUUCAGAGUCAGACAGGCCUGAGUCCCGGUCCCAGGUUCGCCACUCGUUAACUGUGUGACUCUUGACUCCGGGCCAGUCGUUUGGCCCCUGUGUGCCCCUGCAGAAGGAGGUAAAAAAUACCUACCUGAGGGACGUCACCCGCAUGAAGGGCCCGCUAUCAGGGAGGGCCUUCGUAAGUGGUAGCGAGCACCAUGCUUCCUUUCAGCCUCACACCUGACUCAUGCUUUGGAUUCGACAGCUGAGUCCAGAAAGGCUCCCCACAGGUCACCUGGACACAGGUUUGGCUGGCACAAUGGAGGGGAUGCCUUGGAGGUUCACCUGCAUUGCCUGCACCAGCCACAGGAGCCCUUCAUGGGGGCAAAAGAGGAUCCUCCUUCCCCUGGGACUCGGGGUCCAUGGGACGGGCAGGCUGGCCCAGGAUGUGCUGUGCCAAAGCCAGGUCCAGUCCAAAGUUCUCUCUGCCAUCUUUGGGCCAUCCUGCCCCUUCUUCCUGUGUGCUCAGGCCCACGGGCUGCCCCAGCCGUCACUGAGCCCGCUCGGAACUGUUCCUGGAAAAGGCAUCUCAAGAUGGGAAGCCUGGCCUUCCCGGGCUUUUCUUUCUUGACUCCCACCCGCCAGGCCUCCUUUAGAAUCCACUGAGUCACAAUGGGGGCACACGCUCAUGACCGCGUCACAUAGGGGUGGUUCCCACUGAGUGAGGAUGGGACAACCGUCCUGUGCUACUGUGAGCACCCUCCCUGGGCUUGCAAGGAAAGCACCCAGGGUCACUCAUUCUCAUUCCCCCCGUUUUGUCCCCCCUCCCCUGGCUCUAGUUAAUUUCAGUGCCUUACAAAUCCUAAGCUCAGAGAAAGUUAGCUCCAUUUCCGUUCCCGAGGGAGGGGCCUCUGAGGUCCUCCUGCCUUGUUAAUGAAGCGUGGUUGGUUCUUCGGCCCCACCUUCAGAACUGCCUGGCCCGGCUGAAAACCCAGAUCUGCAGGGGAACCGAGUUCUGGAAGGGAAGCCAGAAUUCGAGAGCCAAGCUGGUCGCAAUCUCCCCUCCUCCGUACCCUCCCCCUUCCCCAAGCUGCAGUUUUCUCAGCUGUCACAUUGGAACAUAGAGCUCCUGAAGCCUUUCUAUCUUAAGACAGUAGGUUAGGAAAGCCUCGCGUUAGACGUUGGGGGGACAUAAAUGAUCCAGGUGACGGUUGGGGGCUGUCCAUCAUCCAUGGUCCUUCCUUCCACCACCAAGCCAGCUCCCAUGCCAUUUUUCAUCCGUCUGGCAAAGGCCAGAACCCCUAGGGUCAUGUUUUAAUUGAAGGAUGCUCACUGAGGCCGCUGAGGUCUUGCCACACUGAGAAGUGCCGCUAUGGUCCUGUGGAGGCUGGUGCGGGUGUGGCUGUUGGGAGGCCAAGGAAUCACCGCAUCCAUUGGCCUGUGAAGCAAAUAACCUCACCUUGUUGUCUGAACAGUAUGCAUUCCUGGCACGUGCUCUCCUGGUGGUCCGUGAGCACCCUUGCUCUUGCAGACUGAUGACUCUGCUUUCGGCAGAUGAAUGGUCAGUUCGAGCUAGGUUAGUUAGUGUGAUGUCUAAAGCGCCAUCAUCCUGCCAGUCAGGCCUCCAUCCCAAAGCCACUAGGGCUAGGGCAGUGAUGCCAACAACCUGUGUCACCCUAAAUAACCAAAAUCCAGCCCUCCACAGGUACUCCUUAGGACCUGGGAAGGGAAGGGAUUUUGAAUCACAUUAACCUCAGGUUAGUGUUUGGCUCCGGUAAUAUCUCGCCUGGAAAGCGGCCAUCUUCCAAGCAUGGUGAACUGGGUCCCAGCUUUGUCUCAUAGCCAAGCACGCAGUGGCUUGGAGUCACUUUGCCACUGUAGGACAGUGCAUGUGGGAAGUCAACACAAGCCUCUUCCCUCCAUGGCUCUGGUUUCUUGGCUGCAUGAAGGUUUUCUGUAAAAUCAGAGUUGCAGCCACCAUCUUUGACUAGACAGCUGAAUUGGCUAUUACUGAAACGGAACAGGAGGAUGGGUGUGGCAGAGUGCUGUGUGAUUUUUUUUUUUUAAUUUGGUCAUGGGGACCAAGGAGAAGGCAUGAAUCCUCUUAUAAGGCUCUCGCAGCAUCAGGCACCGUGCCUCCUCCAGAACACAUGUCCCUGUGGCUCUGGGGCCACCACUAUGUAAAAAUAAAGUAUGGCCUGGAA